AUGAAUUAUACUACACAGAUUUUACUGUUGAUCUUGUUGAUUGUACUUAACUUAGAUUACAGUACGUCUUUGAGUUGCUACACUUGCGAAACUUGUCCAGUCCCAUUUAACUCUUCAUAUCCACAGGUAAACAACCAAAGUGGAUGUGCAUGGUGUGCCAAGAUUACGGUUAAAAAGCGUCAUUCUCCAAUAAGACAAUGUGUAGACAGAUGUGACUAUUUAUAUUUUUGGAAAUCAUACUCCAAAUUCUCUUAUUAUUGUUGUAAUACUGACUAUUGUAAUAAAAGUAUACAGAGUUAUGCAACUCAUCAAAUACUAAUUAUGAUUGUUAUUACACUUGUUUGUUUCUACAUUAAUAAAAAAUAA